AUGCAGUCCAACGCACCACCAGCGCCGCUGGUCGGUCGCGGCGAUUCCAGCAAAGCCUCCGAGAGUAUGCGUGCAAGCCCCGCAUCAAACACAAAUGGCUUGGACAAUCACCCCAAGGUCCAGGGUCACCAGAAACUCAUCUUCACCGACCCUGUCGCCCUCCGGUACCUCGAAGAAGACCCUUCCACCGAUGUGCUACACCGCCGCGAGACCCUGCAGGGUUACGAAAUAUACAUUGUUGAACAAUGGACCUGCUCGCGCCAGCAUCCUACCUUUGUCAUUUCUACCUACACGGGGGAUCAAUCACAUACAGUGUUUGUGGGCGUGCUCAGUGUCCCAACCGAUGAGUCGACCUGGUCGCCUCGGUUGCGGAUGUACUUUGAUGCUGUAGGGCAAUCCUGUGCGCGGAGGAAGGAGACUCCGCUUGGAACGAUCAUGGUUACGGACCUGGGUAUCUUCCCAUCGGCCCUGACCAUCAUUCCGGUGCCCGAGGGUGACAUCAAAAAACAUCGAGAAGAUUUCAUCGUCAACGAGGAUUUGAAACGGCUCGGAUGCGCUGGUCGCGCGGGCCUAAAGCUGCAGCCCCCGUCGGCAGCGACAGAAGCCAAGUUUCACCAGCUGUAUCGCACGAGUGAGCGGGUCCCCCUCUAUACUGCGGUGACUGAGCUGGUCAAACAAUGCCAAAUCGCGUUGAUGGUGUUUGACAAGCUUGCCCCGGAGUAUGUGGACGGUCUACUCUGUGAUGUGACGGAGAAAGCCAUUGGCGACUGGUGGGCUGAUAUCGGAACCGAUCUGUACAACAUUGAACCAAGCGAUGGCGUUCUAGGACCAACCAGCGUUGCAGCAUUACUAGGAACGCUACUGGGGGCUCGCAAUCGACUCCAUGCUUACGGUGCACCUGUGGGGAAGGAUGCCUUUGACAUCGAUAACCUUAAGAGGGGUAUCAGUGGGUUUCAAAAGGCACAGAAAAUGCAUCGGUCUCGGCGAUUGGACCGGCGAACUCUAGACAGACUACACCGUGCGACCACCAAGGCUGCGAAUGCAGAAGGAUGGACCGACGCGAUCAAGUCGACGAUGACAGAACUAAGUGGACAAGGUGGUGAAAUGGUCAUGGGCAUGGUGCGCGGCCGCGAAAAGGGAGGAAUCGCCGAUAUCGAGACCCUCGACCUCGAUAACUUUGUCCAGUAUGUCUACGGCCCCAGGGCGAAAUGGCUAUGGCUGGGGAAGCCACGCAAAAGCGGACUUGAUACUGGCUUCACGCCUGGCUCGGGCACGGAUAUGAUGUUUACGGCUGAUGAUCAGGGGGGUUAUGUGUGGACAAGUCGGAAGAAGCAUUCUUCGGAAGAGCUGCAUGCUGAGCGUGUGGCGUCUGGCCUUGACCGACAGUGGAAAGCGCCGGACUCAUUGGUCACAGAAGAACGAGACCACCGCAAAAAGGGCGUGAGUGGUAGGGUCUCAGAUGCCCGGGCUGGUCUGGGUCGGUUCAAGGAUGCAGUCGGGUUGCCGGGCUUGCGAUCACAUCACCACAAGAAUUCCCGCGAUGGUGUGGAUGUAACCCAUGACAUUGCAUAUCAGCCUCAGAUCGACAGUGAUACGGAGGUUUCUGCCCAAAAAUCCAAGACUAGCUCUGGGCGCUCGGAAGUGAAGGUGGGAGAGGAGUUUGGAACUCGAUCUGAAGAAGAGCAGAAUGUCCAACCUCCCACCAAGGCCAAACCUGACACCGAGAUCAAGCCUCCUGAAAUUCAUGUCGAGACUGCCUCGUCCACAUUUGAUGUAGAGGAGCAGUCGGAACAAGCAGAUCAAUUAUCCGACCUGCAACCGAUUCCAGCGAUAGACGAGGAAUCGGAUAUAGAACGUGUCCUGAGCCGGUCUACCGCUGCAUCCAGUGAGCGAGGACAGGACCGAGAUCAUCCUAGCUCGAACUUGGCUAUGAUGGCCCUGCGACGUGCACAAAGCUGCGAAGACCUUCGAGCUAUUGAGAAUGAAGACCAAAUAUGUGAUGGUUGCUGUCCACGACACCUGUCCUUCAGCAAUGUCGAAGAGGUUUUACUCACCUGGGAUCCACUGGGCACCCAGCCAACGAUGAAAGAUACGACGAACCUCGAAGAAGCCAUUGUCCAAGAAGAUAUGCUUGCAUCUGACGCGUGCAUUUUCAGCACGCGGAUCCUGAAACUCAGUGAGCAUACCGCGCCGUGGGUCGAGCGCCAGGUGGAUUCCGUCGAUGGCCUGAAUAACAUCCUGUACGAGCGGCACGAAGAACUCAACGCAGUGUACCUGGAACGCUUUGGCGAUUACCAGCGACUACGCGAACGGUCCAGCGAUCUCGUUACCGACGAGCACGCUCAUCUAAGUGACAGCGUGAAGCGUGUGGAACUGCUAGGAGCCAAACUGGACUACGAGCUGCACGUCCUCCAGUCCAAAGUCGAAGAUAUGGAAGAAGGCAUAAGUGAUUUCGAGCGCCACAUUGUAAAUGUGGAAACCCGGUUCAAGGGCUUGCUCCAGGGCGAGGAGGAACAUGGCGUUUCCUGGAUGACCUGGUUGUGGCGGUCAAUUGGAUUUACGGCGCAGUGA